AUGUUUUGCAAUAGCACACAACCCAUCGAGGUGAUCACACUGAGUGAUAGUGACGACGACAAUAUCACCAGUGAUCUCGUGCAUCCAGAUGCCACUUCAUACCAUAACCAAUCAGUGCCAUCUUCCUCGGCACCAACCGCCACUGCUUCCAUAUCAAUUGUUCACGAACGUCCGUUGAGUCCAUCGGCAUUUUUGCCAAAACCUUCAAAUUAUCCACAAAAAGCACCGAGUCAACGUUCUUCAUCAGUUGUUUCAUUCAACAGUCAUUUGCUGGCUGCUGCGCACAAACCUACAACGAUCACUAAUAAUACUGACAAUUCAGCAAGUCAACACAUCAUCUCUCUGAAAAGACGUUUACCGUGCUGGUCAUCCGCAUCCUCGUUAAAAUAUGGGCAAGACACGAACCUAGUUGGUCCAAAACGAGCCGCGUCAGCAUCACUGCGAAAUGAGCCUCGAUCAUUUUCGCCGUCAACACUGCAGAACUCUUCUCUGAAUGCUCUCAAAAUCUUACAACAGUCAUUUUCAAGCGCAAACGCACAGCUUCUAUCAUCAAACCCGAAGUACACUUGUUUGAUCCGUGGUAAUGUUGAUAAUUCGAAUCCAACCAACGGUUCAUCCUAUCAGAUUUUGCCAGCUGCUCAGCCGAUAUCGUGUAAUGUCACCAACACACCCCCACCAACCCACUCGAUUCAUCAUCCAUAUCAACCGAAUCAUCCGUUAAGCAUGCUAUCGAAGAACAACACUCCAUAUUCAAACACGCCACCACUAAAGAACAAAGCAAUACCCUCUUUAACAACGAAAUCUUAUAACAAUAAUAAUCACUCGUUGUCUUCAUCAACGUUUUCGAUAUCAUCCAAGCCAGCAUGGGCAUCGGCAAGCUCAACAAUGAUUCUCGCAUCAUAUUGCUAUGAAAGUUUCGAUCCGAAAGCUCCACCGUUUGAGCCACAAACUUUCAGUGCUAAAUUCAAGUGCUCAUAUGGAUCGUGCCGUAAAGUGCUGUCGAAUAACGUAAGUUUAAUGGUUCAUGUAUGGUCACAUCUGAUUUACGAUAGCGAUAACGGUGAUAACGAUAAGAGUGAUAGCGAACACGACAGUGACGACGAUUGCGUGACCAAGCGCGGCCAGUCGUUGACGUUCACGUGUCCGGAGUGUUUGGAAUCUUUUGGAACAUCUCAUCUUAUGCAAAUACAUUAUGACCAAGUGCAUUCCGAGGAACCUGCGGACGAUACGUGUUUCGUUUGUGAGAGCGUCGUUGAACCGGUGCGUUCAUUGCUUGAUUCACUUGAUAAUUUAUCAUUUCACUCGUUCUUUAUUCGUUCGUUCGUUUGUCGGUGUUCAUCAAAUAAACUUUACAGAGUCGGUCGAUUUUGUGGUGUAAUUGUAUUGGAGAUGCAGGUGAUACACGCCGAAAUGCACGGUGAUGACGAUGCACCGUAUCACUGUCGUAAAUGCAGAUUUCGUACGUCGAUCCGACACAACCUCAUCCAGCAUUUCAUACGCUUUCACUCGAACACUCGUUCGCUGUUGUGCCCAUUUUGUUUGGCCUCCUUCCACGUACCGUCCUCAUCCUCCCACUCAACCGUCGUCACCAACAAAUCUUUCGUUGAUCAUAUGCGUUCGCAUGCAGUAGCCAAAAGCAAAAAAUGCCCAAAUUGUGCGUUGAGGUUCUUUCGAGAUGCGGAUCGCAGAGCGCACAAGAAGGAUCACACCAAAAAGAAUCCAAAAUGGAUUUCCAAGCAGUGCACCAAACAUCGUCUUCAAACGAAGUUGAAGGGUAGGAAAGUGUGGUCGUCGGCAGUGAAGAGAUGUUGUUUGGAAUGUGACGAAGUGGUGAAUGACAUCGUGGAGCAUACAAGACAAAUGCGCACUUGUGCGAGAUGUGACUACGCGACCGCUUGUGACACUGAGUAUAUGCAUCACAAGAACAUUAAAUGCAAUAUUGUGCGAUCCGGAUUCACAAGAGCACGUCUAUUGAGGCACUGUGUAACUUGUCCAAAAUGUGGUCGUAAAUCGGCAAAUGCAAUUGAAAUAUUCGAGCAUUUAUCGAAGUGUAGUGAUGGACACGCGCUCGUUCAUGAAGCAGAAUUUAAAGAGGCAAAUGAAUUCGAUGCUCAGCAAGAACGUGACGAAGUUAGUCGAUGCCUAAUACCCGAAAAUUUUUUGCCUUUUUCAUCCGUGUCAGUGGAACAUUUCUCACUGCAGCAACCGAGAUGUUCACGUGGACUGGCUGUCGCAAAUCAAUCGUUGAAUGUCAAAAAGUUGGGUUAUUAUAGGGAUCCAUGGGAGAUCAAUGACAUUUCGGAUCAGCUUGAGGCUGAGACCAGUGACGAACAUGAUGGUAAUAAGGGUAAUGGAGAUCGUCGAUUUGGUGUUGCCAAAAAACACUUUGUGUCUAUUGAAAUGGAAGCGUUACUGGAACAACUUAAUGAUGUUUUGCAGUGUAUGGAUACUUGA